AUGGCCGUCAAGUUCACCGUCACCGUCGCUGUUCUCUUCUUUCUGUGCACCGUUGCUUUUUCUCGCACCCCUUUAGGUCUACCGUAUGAUGAUGUCGCUCUAUCCGAAAUAACAAAAUCUGACCCGAAAGCCACACCUGCUCUCCUACUCCCUAGCCAGAAUCCCGAAUCUGAGUCUAAACCGGAAACUGAACCCAUAACCGUAGUAACGUAUCCAGUUAAUGAAGAAAUCGCGGAUAAAACGGAACAAGAAGGAUCAACAACGGAGGUGAAAACGGAAUCGGUUGAGACGGUGGUGCCGUUAACAGUUGUGACUUUCCGUCCAAUUAACCCUCAGUUCUUCCCUCGACGUCCGCUACUCCCGUUACGUCCUCGUCACCGAUGCCGUCACUGGCACAAGAUCAUGAAGCCACGUUUCUACGGCAACGACAUGAUCGUAUCUGGUGAGAAGAAUCAUGGUUUUGGAGUUGGUGAUGAGGCGACACGUGGCGCUGUAAGGCAGAUUCCUGUCAAGAGGGCCAGGUUUCACCAUGGGGGUCCAAGGUUUUCUUUCUUUGAUGAAUUGGCAAACGGAGAGGAGAGGGAGUGGGGCCACAAGAAGCAUCAUAAGAACCGCCGCGUGGAAGGAGAAGAGAAGGAGAAAGAAGAGAAGCAUGAGCAUAAACAUGAGCAUAAGUGGGGUCUGUUGAGGAGGAUUCGCAAGGCGGAGAUAAAGCAGAAGUAUAUUGUUAAGACGAGGGAAUGGUUUUUUCAAGGAAAAAAUAUGGAACCAAUUGCUAAGAUGUUGAUAGAUUUAAAGGCAUUUUGGAUAAUUAACUAA